UUUUUAGUUUUUUUUUUUUCUUAUUUUCUUUUUUCAUCAUGAACUAUUAAAACAAUCAGGAGCAAAAUAAUAUAAAGCUUCAUUAUACACUCCUUUCAAAAAAGAAACUUUAUUUUCUAUAUAAAACCAUUUGCCCUCUCUAUUUUUACCCUUUCUUCUUUCCUUUUUUCUAAUUUUAAUACAUACACACUUGAAUGAACCAUUCAAUUUCUAAUAGCAGCACCACUACCACCACCAUUAAUACUUCCCCUCUUACUAAUAACCACAUUAAUCCACUCAAACGUAAACGUACAAUGAAAAGUGUUCAAUUUUCUUCCAAAGUUACUGUUCUGGAAACAUACUCUGCCGAAGAAUAUGAUCGCUCCGACAUAUUUGCAGCACCUACCCUUUAUACAAUUAAUCCUAAUGUUAUACGAUCAACACCCCAACUAUCCUUAAACAUCGAAAACUGUGCGCCAAAUCUUGUGAAAGACGAAGACCAAGGGAGUGGAGAGAUUUCUAGUGCAGAUGUCAGUCCAAAUACACCGCCUGGCAACACAGCAGAUGAGUAUUUCAUGAGUUCAAUCAUGACAAAAAAGAAGAAACAGCGUCCAAUUCUUUCAGUAAAUACAACCAUGUGUGCAGAUCCCUUAUUUUUCACUAGACUAACAACAAACUAUAAAAAUGAUACCACUACACCUGACACCAAAAACGAUUUUUUGGUGCCCAUUUCAGCUACUGUUACUUUAUAAUUUUUUUUUUUCUCUUGUUACUUUCUCUCCUAUUAUUUUUCUCCUUGUUGUAUAAAAAUAAAUUGUAGUACAAUCGGUAGCACAAAAGUUAUUUUUAUUAAAUUGAACUAUAUAACUAUUUUUAUAUAUUUCUAUCAUCAUAUCUAUAUUUUUUUUAUAUAUAUUACAUGACUGGAUAGA